UCUAGCUCUUUUGCCUUUGCUUUACACUUGUUAUGUUUUCUUCUUCUCCAAUUCUUCAAAUUCAAACUAUAGUUCCUGCAACAGAAGAUCAUCUGAAAUGGCGAUCAGCGAUUUACCAAGGCGAAUCAUCAAGGAAACGCAGCGGCUCCUCAAUGAACCAGCUCCUGGGAUUAGUGCUUCCCCUUCAGAAGAUAACAUGCGCUAUUUCAAUGUGAUUAUACUUGGUCCUUCCCAAUCUCCGUACGAAGGAGGUGUAUUCAAGCUUGAGUUGUUUCUUCCUGAAGAUUAUCCCAUGGCACCUCCAAAGGUGCGAUUUCUUACAAAAAUUUAUCAUCCCAACGUUGACAAGCUUGGUAGGAUUUGCCUGGAUAUUCUGAAAGAUAAAUGGAGUCCGGCCCUCCAGAUACGAACCGUACUACUGAGCAUACAAGCACUUGUCAGUGCACCAAAUCCCGACGAUCCACUCUCUGAUAAUGUUGCCAAACACUGGACGGCCAAUGAAAGUGAAGCUGUCGAAACGGCAAAGGAAUGGACACGCUUAUAUGCAACCGGUGCAUGAGGUGAUAGAUAGUAGGAUAGAACGCCUUGCAUUCCAGUGUAAGGCUUAAGGCUUUUCUUAUAUACUUACACCAUAUCGCACUAUAGAAGAAAAAAUGUUAUGCAUAUGCACCAUAUAUAUUCUCUGUAAAUAGUAUAAUAAAUUGUUAUAUAUAGGUAUAAUAUAGGCCUUGUGAGAUUUUCUACGGAAAUAAAUAAACAUCACUUUGAAAUAUUAA